AAAACAAUUUUGUAACACAAAGAAAUAACCAAGUUGGCUUGACAGCAAUCGAAGAACGGAGCUGGCACCGAGUCGUCAAUGAUAGACGGCAGCAAUAAGGCAUCAAUCAAUUGAUAUCAAUCAGCAGCAUCGUUGAUCGUAGAAAUUCGUGAAAAUUCUGCAAUUCUAGGGUUCAAAAUGGAGCAAAACAAAUAUAGUAUAAUCGUGCCUACUUACAAUGAGCGUCUUAACAUCGCCCUCGUCGUAUACCUCAUUUUCAAACAUCUCAGGGAUGUCGACUUUGAAAUAAUCGUUGUGGAUGAUGGAAGUCCAGAUGGUACUCAAGAAAUUGUUAAACAAUUGCAGCAAGUUUAUGGGGGUAAUCGCAUAAUUUUGGCUGCUAGACCUAGGAAGCUUGGGCUAGGAACUGCAUAUGCGCAUGGCUUGAAGCAUGCAUCUGGAAAUUUUGUUGUGAUUAUGGAUGCUGAUCUCUCACAUCAUCCAAAGUACUUGCCAAGCUUCAUUAAGAAACAAAUGGAGACAGGUGCGAGCAUAGUUACUGGAACCCGUUAUGUAACUUAUGGUGGUGUACAUGGGUGGAAUCUUAUGCGCAAACUUACAAGCAGGGGGGCAAAUGUACUCGCACACACUAUUCUUUGGCCAGGGGUUUCAGAUUUGACUGGAUCUUUUCGUUUGUACAGAAAAUGUGUUCUUGAAGAUCUCAUCAAUUCAUGCGUAAGUAAAGGUUAUGUGUUUCAAAUGGAGAUGAUUGUUAGGGCUUCAAGAAAAGGUCAUCAUAUUGAAGAGGUUCCUAUAACAUUUGUGGAUAGAGUAUAUGGAAGCUCAAAACUUGGUGGAUCUGAAAUCGUCGAAUAUUUGAAAGGCCUUGUAUAUCUUCUGUUUACAACAUGACAAUUUACUUAAAUGGAAAGCAUGGACAAUGAUGCUCUAUGCUUGGCUUAUGUAAAAGAUUAUACAAAAAGUUUUCUUUCUGGUCAUUUGGGCAUCAGUUUUAUCUACCUCUGCUGAAGACUGAAAUUUUGGUUCGGCCUUUCAUAUGUAUGUUUUGCCUCAUAGUUUUGUAUGACUGACGUGGAUGUCGGAUAAAGGACAACAUAACUACUUGGCUCAAUGAGCAGGAUAACAUGAUGCAGUGCGAAGUGGAAAUUCGCCAAGUCAGUUGAUUGCUCUCUUUUAUUUCCGGAAGUUUUAAAGUGUCAUCAGAGUGUUGUUUACAAAAGAGAGUAGAUUAGCCUCUUUCUUGGUGAUAUAGCAUGUGUUGCGCCAUUGUUCUCCACUAUUCCUACUGUUGGUGCUGACAUUGUUGUUUUUGGUUGCUAUUGUUAUGAUUGUAAUGUUAGACGAUUCGGGAUUUGUAUCA